AUGCCCGGGUGGAGCUGCCUGGUGACAGGGGCAGGAGGGUUUCUGGGCCAGAGGAUCAUCCACUUGUUGGCUCAGGAGAAGGAUCUGCAGGAGGUCAGAGCCCUGGACAAAGUCUUCAGACCAGAAGCCAGGGAGGAAUUCUCUAAGCUGCAGACAAAAGCCAAGGUGACAGUGCUGGAGGGAGACAUUCUGGAUGCCCAAUGCCUGAGGAGAGCCUGCCAGGGCAUCUCUGUUGUCAUCCACAGCGCUGCUGUCAUUGACGUCUCAGGUGCCAUUCCCAGAAAGAUCAUCAUGGAUGUCAACCUGAAAGGUACCCAGAACCUGUUGGAAGCCUGUGUCCAGGCUAGUGUGCCAGCCUUCAUCUACACCAGCUCAGUCGAUGUUGCAGGGCCCAACUCCUACAAGGAGAUAGUCCUGAAUGGCCAAGAGGAAGAACAACGUGAAAAUUCAUGGUCUGAUCCAUACUCAUACAGCAAAAAGAUGGCUGAGAAGGCAGUGCUGGCAGCCAAUGGGUGCAGCCUGAAAAAUGGUGGCAUUUUGCAUACUUGUGCCUUGAGACCUAUGUAUACCUAUGGGGAAAAAAGUCCAUUAAUUUAUGUUAUAAUUGUCAGGGCCCUCAAUAAUAGUGGUAUUCUUGAUGUUAUUGGCAAAUUUUCCACAGUUAACCCAGUAUAUGUGGGUAAUGUAGCCUGGGCACACAUUCUGGCUGCCAGGGGCCUACGAGACCCCAAGAAGUCACCAAGCAUCCAAGGUCAGUUCUAUUACAUCUCAGAUGACACCCCUCACCAAAGCUAUGAUGAUUUAAACUACACUGUGAGCAAGAAAUGGGGCCUCCGCUUUGAUUCCAGUUGGAGCCCUCCUCUGCCCAUGAUCUACUGGCUUGCCUUCCUGCUGGAAACAGUGAGCUUCCUGCUGCGUCCAAUCUACAACUUCCGGCCUCCAUUUAACCGCCACUUGAUCUCACUGUCAAAUAGUGUGUUCACCUUCUCCUACAAGAAAGCUCAGCGAGAUCUGGGCUAUGAACCACCUGUCAGCUGGGAGGAAGCCAGAGAGAAAACUUCUCAGUGGAUCGGGUCACUAGUGGAGCAGCACAAGGGGACACUGAACACAAAGUCUCAGUGA